CGAUGAUGAGGUACCACCUAUUCAUCGCGCCUCGGUGCUCGCAGCUGAGAAGAGCGUAUCGGAUUAAUCUCGCUUGAAUGCAUAUGUAAUCGAAGAAGCUGGAUCGGAUAUUGAAAAGCGAAGAUAAUAAAUGAUUUAAUGUAUUCUUUUGUUUAAUUUUGAGAGAUGCCGUCCGAAACGAAGACACCCAAGAGUGACCCCCGAGCCUGGAGCUCACUAGGCUUUCCAGAUUGGUCUCAAGAUGCCGUUUCAGCAAUGGGAUUUGCCCGGGCUACGCCUGUCCAAGCCAGUGUAUGGCCAUUGAUGGGUACGGGACAUAAGGAUGUGGUCGUCGAGGCAGUAACAGGCAGCGGCAAGACACUUGCCUUCUUGAUUCCUUUGGUACAUCGCAUACUCCGUCUUGAAGAGCCAACGAAAAAGCACCACAUAGCUGGCAUAGUGAUUGCGCCAACUCGCGAACUCGCCAUUCAGAUUCACAAGACUCUCACUGAUUUGGUCGCGUUCCAUCCUGUUUCUGCUGAAGUAGCCCCGUAUCUUUCAUCCGAUGAAGAGAAACGGCCCAGCACAAGUUCUCCAGCUAUAGUUCCACAACUGCUCUCAGGCGGCAGAGGCAGCAGCAUAUCACCUGCUCAGGAUUUAAGUUUCUUUCUAAAACAUUCGCCCAACGUCAUCAUUUCAACACCUGGACGACUUAAUGAUUUCCUCUCUUCACCUCAUGUUCACUGUCCCCAGUCAAGUUUCGAAAUGCUUGUGUUAGACGAGGCAGAUCGUUUGCUAGAUUUAGGGUUCAAGGCGGACCUUCAGGGGAUCCUUUCACGGUUACCGAAACAAAGACGGACUGGUCUCUUCUCUGCAAGCGUCGGUGAAGCAGUUUCUGAAAUCAUUCGCGUCGGUCUAAGGAAUCCCGUGAAAAUUUCCGUCAGGGUGAAGACAAAAUCAGGAGAUGUUAUCGAGGAGCGCAAGACCCCUGCAAGCCUUCAAAUGACCUACCUUCUUACUGAAUCCCAUAAAAAGCUUCCAUCGGUCGUUCGAUUACUUCAACAUCUGGAGCCCAGGCCCCUAAGGAGUAUUAUAUUCUUAUCGACUUGCGCCGCAGUUGAUUAUUUCUCCCAUAUACUUCCAGCGCUAUUACCCGAAGGCUUUCAACUAAACAUAUUGCACGGGAAGCAAGAGGCAAAAGUACGGGAAAAGGGAGUUUCAAGAUUCUUAAACGCCACGUCGCCGUCUAUACUUCUGACUACCGAUGUUGCAGCAAGAGGACUGGAUUUCCCUGCUGUAGAUUUCGUAUUACAGAUCGAUCCCCCAACAGACCCUAAAACAUUCUUGCAUAGGUGUGGACGAGCAGGCCGUGCAGGGAGAAGAGGGCUUUCAGUUGUUCUCAUACAGCCGAACGAGAGCGAUUAUGUCACGUUCUUAGAUGUUAGGAAAACGCCGAUAACGCCAUUUGCGCAAUUUGAUGUCGAAGUUUCAGACUCUGAUGCGAACCAAAUGACUACAAGAAUACGAAAUAUGGCGAAGAAGGACAGAGCGUUAUAUGAUAAAGCACAAAAGGCUUUUGUUAGUUGGGUUAGAAGUUAUAGCAAGCACACAGCUAGCAGUAUCUUUCGCAUAGGUGACCUUGACUGGGCGGCGCUAGGUAACGGAUGGGGAUUACUUCGACUUCCCAAAAUGCCCGAAGCUCGUCAUUUUAAAGGAGAUCGCUCCCUGGGCUGUGACAUAGACUGGGAUACCUUUGCAUACCAGAACAAAACUAGAGAAAACCAGCGUUUAGAGGCACUAAACGCCGAAGCUCCCAGUGCAGCAGACGCAGAGGCACAUCAGGCGAAGCGUAAACGCAACGCUGAGGCCUGGAGCGGUAAGCAAGAACAGGAGGAGACAAGGGUCGCACGCCGUGACAAGAGACAGCGGAAGCGAGAGGCGGAGCGCCGAGAGAAGAUGACGGACGAGGAGAAGGCGCGUGAUAUGGAUCUCGUGCAGCUACUUGCCGCCGUCCGCAAGAAAAAUCAAGAAAGGCUUGCCGAGAACGCGCAGAGCGAGACCAAUGGUGGUGAUGAUUUCGAGGGCUUCGAUUAGAUACUGGACUAAGACGUUUUUUUUUUUUUUCAAUAACAGUGUAUAUAUUGCAUUAAUACCUACGAUGUGCGUGAUGCGAGGUCUCGGAGAGAGAAAUGGGUAUGGAAAGAAUAGUGAACUAACUACUCAACCCAGUUGUCUUUGAAAUACCUAUCAACCUGAC